AUGAGGGACGAAAGCGCGGUCUGUGUAGUCAGCUCACUAGAUUUUGAAACAAACCGAAAGUGUGUGGCUCUAGGGAGGAUGGUUAGGUAAUAUCCGCAGGAUUGAACCGGGGAAAGUUGUUUCCUGAACUCUUGGUGCAGUUUUGUCGAAGCCCGGCCCUGCUGCUGUCCACACAGGAAAAGGAAGACGGAUGCGGGCGAAGGGAAGAAUAUCGAAACGAAAGGAAAAUAUCAAGACAAAUGACGUGAAACCAUGGAAGUCUCGGACACGACAACAUCGCGCAAUGACGAGGAGAAAGAUGAAGCUGAAGCAGACCUGCAGACGCAGUUAAUCGAGUGUCGAGCUCAGCUGGAGCACUGGCAGGGUGUGGCGAGGAUCUGCGAGUUUAGCAAACAGGAGGAGCUGCAGGAACUGCAAAAACAAUGCGAUCAGGAGAUUCAGUCCUUGCAGGAGGCUCUGAGAGAAACAGCUGCUCAGUAUGAGGCUAGAAUAUCUGUUCUGCAGUCAGAACGAGCACAGUGGAGGAGAGCUGCUUCGCCCCGGGAUGCUAAGGGUAUCUCUAAAAAAGGGAAGGUGGAGGGUACCUCUCCUCCACAGGGUGAUUCUCCUCCCCCACGAGGUGCUGACCAUGAGGGCUCAGGGUCAGACUCUGAUCCACUGGAGCUGUUGGCAGAGACGUCAGAUGCAGAGACGACAGGCCUUAUGAUGGACUACUUUCCCCAGCACUGUGACUCUGCCUCCCUGUCGUCUUUCUCUCUGGAUACACCCUCUUUGCCCCGACGUCCACCCCCUCAAGAUGACACCGCCUCCCUAGUGUCCACAGGGACACUGGUGCCUGAAGCGAUCUACCUGCCACCACCGGGACACAGACUGGUCACGCAUGCAGACUGGGACAAGUUGCAAGCACAACUUAUAGAGCUUCAAGAGGAGGUGACAGAACUUCAAAAGCAGAAAGCUGAGCUGGAGAGAGAACUGGAUGUGCAAAGCACAGAGACACAAAAACAGUUGUCAGUGCUUCAGUCUCAGGUGCAAACGUCUGAAACCCUUCUUCAAGAUAUACAGAAGUCUUUUAGCCAGUCACAAAAUGCCGUUCAGAGCAGAUUGGCCGAGCUGUCUUACUCUCAAAAGAGAGUUUGUAAUGAGCUCUCCAAGUUGAAAGGUGAAGACACUGAUGUGGAUGAAAACAGCCUUCCACCCCACAGUCCAACACUAGAGGCAGCUCACUGUGAGGAGAGGCUUCGUAUUGAAAUAGUCAACCUACAGGAACAGCUGGAGACACGCACAGAAGAGAGCGAAAUUUUAGAAGUUAAGCUUGCCAGCCUGACAGUAGAGACAGACCGCAUACAGAUCCAAAAGGAAAAGUUGGAGGCUAAGCUGCACGAGUGUCGUGUGGAGGUGCAGGGUCUGCGAGUGGCGCUUGCUCACCUUCAAAAAGAGAACAAAUCUCACAUCCAGGAGAAGGCAACGUUACAGCAGCAGUGUUUAGAGUAUCGCAGUCAGGUGAUCAGUCUGCGCUCUCAACUAGACACUAGUCAAGCUGUGCAGAAGGAUUUUGUGCAGCUGUCGCAGUCACUGCAGGUGAAAUUGGAGCAGAUUCGCCAAGCAGAAUCUUUGAACCAAGUGAAGCACAUUCUAGGGGAGGAAAUUGAAGACACUGAUUUACCUGCAGACGCCACAUGAAACAAUAUAAGAAUAGGUGAUGUUUUAGCCAACCAAAGGGACAAAUGAGACUGGUGGGCAAGGAGGUGGUCCUCAGAAAGGGCCAAGCUGAGGUGGGCUGCCUACAUUUAAAAAAAAAAAAAAACCUACAGUGACAUGAACUAAACAGCCAUUCCUGCACUCAUGGGUUCACAAUUCUUCUAAUGAACUCAAACCAUACAGGAAAAAAGAUGAUUCCUUAUCAAUCUGGACAACUGGAAUUGCUAAUACUUGAAUUUUGUGAAAAACUAAUACACUGACUACUACCUGUACUAGACUUAGUGCUACUGUAGUGUAAGUUUUAUCUUCCUGGCCUGAUCCUUCUUUUCUAGUAGACACUGGCGGAUACUUAUUAGUCAUUUUCAGCACCUGUCACCAGCAAAAUAAAGGCCAAAAAACUACUGGGGAUGGAUACUGGGGGCAAUUGUAAUUUUUUUGAAUACAUAUAUUUUUCCUUAAAAACUCUGCUAUUGCUAUAAGAAAAAAAAUUGUGCCAAAGUACAAGUAAGCAACAUCAUCAUUAAUAAGCAUAUGAUGAGAAGGACUAUCAUAAUAUUUAAUAUUAUUCCAUAUAAUAUGUCAGAAUAUUUUCACCUUUAUAUGGUACUAAUUAUUUUAGCUGUCCUAAAUGAUGUUUUAAGUGAACGAUUAAAUGCUAAACACAUUAUAAUUGUGUGAAAUGAGAUGCAACCUUUUUACUACACUAUUUUAAUAAACUAGAUCUAAUAAGUUGUUGACUAUAUACUAGUCUUACAAUAUGUUAAUGUUUUUAAGAUUAAAUCUGUUACAAUUGCCCUCAGCUUCACAGCCAUUAGGAAAACUUUAGUGAUAUUCACCAGCAAGUGUUAGCAUAUUCCUUUUUAUGUUAGCUUGAAGCCAACAACCAGAGAUAAAAUAAAUCUUACUUUAAAUUAAAUGCAUUAAAACCUUAGACACAUAAGAAAAUAUUUUUUGUACCUCAAAUGUUUUUUUGUUACGACUGUAUUUCAAAGUGAAAUAUUCAAACUUGCUGUUCUCAGACAUAUUGAGAACUUAAGCUGAAAAGGUGCCAUCGCUUUAAACUGAAUACAUUUUGUGUGUAACAGUUUCCCCCUGUUAUAAAACUACCCACUAUAAUUAUUUGUGCAUUCAGUUUAAGGCCAAAGUCACUUUACUGGAAAGAGCCAUCAUUUCAUUAUGAAGUAUCUGGUGCCUGAGCCAAUGAACAGUGGAAGGUCAAUGAUAAAACACUAAAUCUGAUUGAAUGGGGCUAAUAAAUGUUAAUUCAUAUAAAUGAAGUACAAUGUUAGUAACAAAUCUAAGUGCAGUACAUAUGUAUGAAAAAUAAAGAUUAAACUAAAAGACAGUAACAGAUCACGCAUGUUUUUUAAACACAUCUUUAUUUUAAGAAUAGCAUUUUCAUUCGAAUAUACUGUUCAUAACAAUAUAUAUAUUAAAUUAUAUAUAUAUUAAAUUAAGUCUUAAUACAUAUACAUAACACAUUUUACUUAAAUAUUUUUUUCCUUUGUUCUAUAAGGUUUUACAUUACAUGGUUGAUUUUCACUGGUUCACAGUGGUUUUCUUUUUCACUCCUGGCAAAUUCUGCUUUGGAGUUUUAGCACAUUUCUUCUCUUUUUCAGUCCCACUUUUUGGACACUAGAUUCUCAUCUUUCUCUGUUGAGGAAAAUAAGUUACAUGAGACAGGAUUGCUUAAAGUUAGUCCACAACUAUCUAGGCACACGUUGCUUUGAAGCACGUCAUCUUAAAUGUAUAGUCUUAAUCACAUUUUUAAAUAUGGAAAUAUUCUUUAAACUAUUUUAAUUGAACAGAAUCUCUGCUGAUAAUUAUAUUAAGAUUCUACAAUGGCAUCUAUUGCUAUAGGAGCACUACUGUACAGUCAUUCACAGAUUCAGCAGUCAUAAGAUCCGAGGAGCUCCAUGACUGACACAACAAUAUGUACGUCAAUCAACAAGCCAAAGAAUAUAGCACAUUUUGUCCAUACACAAACAGACACAGGGAUGCAGGCAGGCACGGACAGAGUGGAUUGUGGGAUACCUUGCUUUGUUACAGGAAUAUGGAGGGAAACAGGAUUAGGCUGGAAUGAAAUAAAAAGGGGUUGAACAGGGGAUUGAGUGAGGAGGGGUAAAAGGGUAAAGAGGAGGAAUAUUUACACCACCAGAAGAAAUGGAGUGUUGAGAAAAAAGGACAAGAGAUAAGUAAAGGAGAAUACAAUUUUAAAAGGGAAAUAAGUAAUCAUAGGAAUUUAUAUUUUCUUGUUAUAGUUAGUCAGGUCUUCAUUAGAUACAGUAAGUUGUUGAAGAGGUUUUAACCAAUAUUUAGUUAUGCAUUUGUAUAUGUUUAGAGUUUAUUAUAAAUACCAGUAUUCAGAAACUGUUUUAUUAACAUGAAAAUUGAUUAAUCAUUUGUAAAUCUUAAAAAAAAAAAAAAAAAAAAAAAAAAAAAAAAAAAAACAGAUAAAA